UAAACGUCAUUUAUGUAGUUCUGCACGUUCGUGUUACUAUUUUUCACUGUAGAUUCGACUGUUUCAAUGUCAAAAGCUAAUUUAACAAUGCGGAAUACAUUGUGCUAAACAUUUAAAUCCACACUUUUGCAGAAAUCAUCAUAAAAUAAACGUAUCUGAAACGUUUCAAGAAAACUUACUGUUUCAUCAGGCGGAAUGUAGCAUUUGAAUAAAAAGAGGAAAUGACACGAAAUUACGCAAACUGGAAAUCUAGAAUUGUGUGGACCUUUUUAACUACUAUAUAUUGUACUUCGUUGUCUGAUGCGCAAUGUAGUGGAACUUCAUCCGGAAUCAAACGUUUUGGACCAGACUGUAGACACGCUUGUCAUUGUAUGAGCAAAGAACAGUGCGACUCUAGUACAGGUGAUUGUACCUCAGGGUGUGACUUUGAAUGGGCAGGACCUGGUUGUCAAUACAAAAACAUUGCGCUUAAUGAACUUGCUCGCCAUAUUGAUAAUAUUAACCCUCCAGAGCAUUCAGUAAAUGCCAAUGAUCGUAACUUAUCAACAUGCAGUUUUACUGACACCGCAGAAGCACCGAGAGCAGUUGCACCUUGGUGGACACUUUGGUUACCUUAUUAUGUUAGGUUCAAAAACCUUGUUAUUGUUACCAAAAAAGAACACUUAUCACAUUUUCCUGGCUUUAAUUUGACUGUCCAAAAUGUUUCGAAAGUGGACAGCGAGAACAAAAAAUAUCAUUCUAAUGGGCAGUUGUGUUACCGGCAUAAUGACUCUAUACCAACAACUGAAGCUAUGUACGUCAGGUGUGCCGAGAAUCCCGUUGGGAACCAAAUACGUCUACAACUCGCUAAAGUAUCAACACAGCUUGUUAUAUGCGACGUUAGAGUAUAUGGAGACUGUAAGGAUCGUACAUGGGGGAAUGCAUGUGAGAAUAUGUGUGGCUUCUGCAACAACUUAGAAUCAUGUAAUUCUACAACUGGGUACUGUAUGACAGGCUGCGAACCUGGCUAUAAAACAGAACCCGUUUGCACAGAAGAAUGCCGUGAAGGAUCAUGGGGAGAAAACUGCAUGAGGACAUGUGGAAAAUGCAUGAAUGUCAGCUGUGACAGGUUUGAUGGAGCUUGCAGUGGUAACUGCCAACCUGGGUACAAGUUGAAACUUUUCUGCGACGAAGAAUGUGAUGAUGGUUGGUAUGGCAACAACUGCACCGGACAAUGCAAUCCUGAAUGUACAGAUAAAUCUUCAUGUAGGAAAUCGGAUGGGUUUUGUGUGACGGUUGAUUUCACAACACCAGCACCAACGGCUACAUCAGCAGCAUUCACGGUGAGACUGAUUGCGGGUGUGGGUGCAGCGAUCUUAGCAAUUAUCGUCAUGUGUGCCAUUGCAAUUUUCUGCUAUUUAAAACAAACACGAAAUAGUUCCGCAUCAAGCAGCGGAAAUAUAGCGGAAAUGGAAGUGAAAUUUUCUUACGUUAGCGAAGGAGAUGUGAAUACUUGCGGAGAAUCAGAUCAGCUCUGCGAGAACAUCCAUGAUCAUUAUGCCUAUUAGCAUGAAUAUACAGUCUGGAAGGGCUGGGCAUGUAGAGAAAACGAACAUACACUUGGCGUAGUAUUCACAAAUCACUCAACAAACGGUGGAAUAUAUGUUCUUCUCGAUAUGUUCAACUCGAUAUGUUUAUCUCAUGGACUGUUAAGAUUAUAUGACAUUAAUUUUGUUUCAUGAACUGGCAAAAAGAAUAUGCAGAAAAAUGUAUAUCACAUUCCUUGUUCGUAAAUUGAAUAUUUUGUGUGUUUUUUCAUUUUCAAAAACUUUUGUAAGUGCGUUUUUCUAGGGAUACACAAUCACUUAAUGUCAUGAGUGUUAUACAUGUAACUAAAAGGUAAAAAAGAUCUUCAGUAAUCACGAUAAUAACAUAGAUAUCAAAAUGUCUUACCAGCAUAUCAAAGUAAACAACAACAUCUCUGGUAUUUGAUAUUAGGAACCAAGUACCAAGCAAAAGAUAUGCGACAGGAAAAUGGGCAUUAAUUGUCUGAUUAAAGCGAGGUGUUUUUAAUAUGUUAGAUUGAUAAGGCUUUACCAAUACCUUUUAACCUUUAGCAUGCUAGAUAAAUUGUCGUCUGCUGGAAAUGUCGUCUGCUAAAAUUGUAAAGUUCAUUCAAUUUGCUCCAAAAUUGGAAGAAAUAUUGUCAGAGUAGCAAACAGCUUGGAACCUGAUCAGACGCCGAUUUAAUCGGCGUCUGAUCUGGUUCCAAGCUGUUUGCAAAGGCUGUUAAAUUCGUCUGCAGCAGGCUAAAGGUUAAUGACAUUAAAUAGAUACACUCGUAUGUUAUGUUGAACGAUGACAUCAUUUAAGGAUGUACUAUAUAUUCAAUAUAUAUGAAACUCUGUCUUGGCAAUCCCACGUUAGUACCGCGGCCAAUAAACUAAACUCAAAAAUUGCUCUACUUAGAAGAAUUGCAUUUUUCUUAACAGAUGAGAUGAAACUAUUGUAUUACAAUGCAUAUAUUAUGUCAACCACGGAGUAUUGUUGCAAUGUCUGGGGACUUUGUCACAAAUCGGACACUGAUAAAAUUACAUCUUUGCAGAGACGCGCUAUAACAAUAAUUACGAAAUCAAAGUGUAGCAACUUUGAUGAAGUAUUAAAAAAUUCAAAACCUCUAUCUUUUGAGAACAGGUGCAAAUACCAUAUUUCAUUAUUAGUGUACAAGAGUAAAACAGGAGAUUGUCCUAUAUACAUUUAAGAUUUACUACAUUUUGUUCAUAAUGAUCAUUACAGUCUGCGCUCAAUCGAAAACAUGGAUCUUUCUAUUGUUAAACCUAAAACGAACUACCUGAAACAAACAUUUAGCUACAAAGCUGCACACAUAUGGAAUUCACUUCUUUCUUACAUUAAACUUCAUAAUAAUAAUAUAACUGCUUUCAAGCAUGAUUUAAAGAAUUUUCUCUUGUUACAAUAGUUUUUAGCAAUUAAUUACUUGUAAUUACAAGAAUUUUGUUGAAUUGAUGUUACUAUAUUCGUUUCCAAUAAUAAUAAUAUUCAUAUUAUCUUAUUAUUCAAAUCUGGAACUAUUUAUUAUCUUAUGGGACAGACUUUCUCUUUUGUAUGUAUCUUAAUUGUCAUUGUCAUUAUCUUAAUGGUAAUUCUUUUAAAACAUAGUUAUUGUUAUAUUACGUUUAUUUAGGACUUCUUUAAUUUGAGAUGUGUUUGUCGAGAAAAUUUAAGUAAUUCUGAUAUGUGUAUUCUUGUAUAAAUGUUAAAUUAUAAAUUGACUGUAUGAUUGUGUGUAUGUGUGAAUGUAUAUCAGUUGAAGGCAAUACUGGAAAUAAGUUGUAAAAUAUCUGUAUUUGUACACUUAGUAUGUCACCUUGAGAAAAUAAAGUUAUUAUUAUUAAGAGAGAGAGAGAGAGAGAGAGAGAGAGAGAGAGAGCAGAUAAUAUAAUAUGGCAAAGGAAGAAUACAAAUUGUUUUGAAUCAAAUCAUUUAUAGGAUUUUCUUUACUCGUACAACAAACGAUGGCAAUGAGAGGAUGUAUAUAGUAUAAGCAUGACAACUCGAUCGUGAAUAAUGUUUAGAAUAAUCUCUCACGUUUUACAUUGUUAACAAUAGGACAAAACAUAGAGCUCCACUGAAGAAAAUUCCAUAUUUUGCAUUCACAGCGAUAAGGCAGUUCCAGACCAGAAAAAGCCCACGAUUCAGUUAUAACGUUAGAAGAAAGAUUUUAUAUUUUCUCUGAUAUGGACAGUAUAUACACAUUAAAUAGUAAACAAAAUAA